AUGGCCACUCUUGUCAUGCAAUCGCUAGGUUGCGACGUAUCCGCAAUCAACACGGUGCAUUAUAGCAAUCACACGGCAUACAAGCAAAUCAAAGGCACCAAAACAUCCGCGACCGAAAUCCUCGACCUUUAUGAAGGACUACGUCAAUCAAACCUCACCAACUUCGAUGUACUCCUGACAGGAUACAUGCCCAGCGCUGAGGCCGUGCAAGCAAUAGGGACGAUUGGCAGGGAUAUCAAGCUCAAUGCUGGCACGAAGCCUGGCAGCUUCUUCUGGGUGCUCGAUCCGGUCAUGGGCGACAAUGGCAAGUUGUACAUUCCAGAAGAUGAGGUGCCAGAGUACAAGGGGUUAUUGCGCGAAGCAGAUCUCAUUCUCCCGAACCAAUUCGAGGCCGAGUUACUGUCUGAUACGCCGAUCACCGAUCUCAAGUCCCUUGCCGCUGCGAUCCAAGUCCUUCACAAGACCUACCAGGUCCCUCACGUAAUCAUCACGUCCCUUCGCUUGACGCGCGACAACCAGACUAUACCCUCGAGACCAGUGUCAAAGGCUGGCACAGGCACGAAUACUCCCUCGGAUCCUCAGCAUCUCGAUUCAGCAGCAUCCCAACCAGGUUCACAACCCCAAGCGCCACAGAUCGACCUCAACGAUGUCGAAAACCUUACCAUCAUUGGCUCCACCGCAACCUCGGACUACAAACCGCGUCUCUUCCGCAUCGACACCCCGCAACUACCUCUCUUCUUCUCAGGGACAGGAGACAUGUUCGCAGCGCUGACAAUUCCCCGUCUGAUUGAAGCUGUACACGCUGCUUCUACGCCUGAGUUCAAUCUUCAUGCGAAAUCAAGCUGGCGGUCACCCGACCAUGUGUCGGCUGAGGAACUUCCUUUGGCGAAAGCCUGCCAGAAAGUUCUCGCGUCUAUGCAAGCCAUACUCACGCGCACAACGUCGGUCUGCCAGGAGAAGAUGGCUGCAUAUGAUGCUCGCGCUGCAAAAGAGGGCCGUGGUGGAGGGGACGAGGCGGAUGAAGAGAUUAGCAAGAAGCGUCAUUUGGCGCUCAUGAAUGCUAGUGAAGUCACAGUGCCGCGGUACGUGAAGGAGAUGUUGGAUCCGCCGGAUCUUGAAAGGUUCAGACCACGGACAGUGUACGAGGGCGAAAGUGUGCCUGACCAUGUUGGCGAGAGGACGCCUGACGACUUGAAUGUGCUGCAUUUGGGUGUUGGAACUAAGGACGGUGGUGCGAUGCAGGUACUACAGGAAGGCAAUCAGGGCAAAGCUGUCAGGAAGGACGAGAGUUCAUGA